GCUAGCUUGUGUUGUUGAACCCGCGCCCCGCCGACCAGACGGGUUAGAAUGAACGAUCGGGCUCGCGACAGACCGACCGGCCAACGGAGCGAAGGCGGGUUGGCGCAGUAACUGUCCCCGGCGGUGCCAACGGAAACCUUGCCUCCUCUCUUCUCCUCUCUCUCCUGCAGCCAUCUCUUGAUCUCUCCAGCUGAUUACUCCUUCCGUUCGCCGCCACACGUUUUCCAGAGACCGCCGUCUCUUGAUCUCUCCAGCUGAUUACUCUUUUCGUUCGCCGCCACACGUUUUCCAGAGACCGCCAUCUUUUGAUCUCUCCAGGUGAUUACUCUUUUCCUUUGGCGCCACCCGUUUUCCUGUCGUCUCUGGCUCUGGCUCUGGCGUUUGCCAGCCCCUCUGGAGGGACGGGAGGGGCGAUGAGCAUGUGUGUGUACGUCUUUAGCGCACCACUGUGGCUUCAGCAGCGCCAGUGGGCGCCCUUCUUCUUUCUCUGCCUACCGUUUUUCACGGCGCCGUGACUGCGCCUGCUGCUCCACGAUCGUUUACCUCCUCUGAUUCCUGUCCCUCGUUCUCCUGUCACAUGCCGUCUUGGGAUAGAGGGCUUUGGUGUCGUGAUCUUGUCAAUUGGUAGGGAAGGGCACACAAAUGCGUUCAUCGUGCUCGGCCGGGCGAGGGAGGCAAGGCAACUGCUACGUUGCUGCGCUGUCUCUUUGCGGCAAUUUACCGCCUCCCCUGUCCGUCUCCACUCCGUCUGACCGCUUUUCAAGUAACCUUUCGCCGUCUUUGUCCCCCUCGUACUCCUUUCGGUGAUUUCCGCGAUCGAGUCUGCAUUUUCUCCAUGAACUGACGGUUCCGGCGGCGUUCGGGUAGCUCGUGGGCUGUCGACGUGGCUGUGUGCACUCACACACACACACACACACACAGACACAGAGAGAGAGAGAGAGAGAGAGAGAGAGAGAGAGAGAGAGAGAUGAACGACGGCGGGGAUGGGGGACCGGGGAUGAAGCGGGCGAGGUUGGUUCGGCCUCAAGGAUGGGGGAUGGAUAUGGGUCCGAUGCAAGGGCCUCCUGGAGGAAUGCAGAACCCAGGGAUGGUCCAAGGGCUAGGACCAGGGCCAGGAAUGAUGCAAGGACCAGGAAUGGGCAUGAUGCCUGGACCAGGAAUGAUGCAGGUACCAGGAGUGAUGCAAGGACCAGGGUCAGGUAUGAUGAUGCAAGGAUCAGGGUUGGUGCCAGGUCCGGGAAUGAUGGGGGUCCACGGAGGAGCAAUCGGUGCAGGCGGCGAUAUGAUGGGGGAUCGACCGCCUCUUUGGAUGAACGACAUGGCCGGUCCUCCUCAGCCUCCAUCUUGGCUCGAUAGGAGGGAUGCGCCGCCACGUCAUCGUUCCUGGGGCAGCGGCGGCGACAUGCAUCAACCGCAACAUCAAUCACCACAUCAACAACAACAUCAACCGCAGCAUCAACCACAGCAGUACAACUCAGGCUAUGGGCAGCAGCAGCAGCAGCAGCAGCAGCAGCAGCAGCAGCAGCAGCAGCAGGUCGCGCCGCCGCCUCUGCGGUCCCCACCCCCACCUCCAAGGCCCUACGAGCCACCGGACGUUAAGCCGACGAGCACUGAGCUUGCCGCUGCCGUGUCUAAUUACCAGAGUGGCGGGGCGGACGUGAAGCCUAUCAUCCAGCCACCGUCAGGUCCCACUCCACCGAGGCGCCAGAUACAACCGGUCGUGUGGUCAGAAUCUCCUUCGGGGCCAGCAGCAGCCGGGGCGUCGUCAUCAAGUGCCGCUCCGUCUUCCAGCGCCGCCGGUACGCAGCAGCUACGGCAGGUGAAGAAGGAACAACCCGAGGGGCGCACGUGGGACCAGCAGGUUCAGGAGAGCGGGGAUCCCUCAGAUCUCAGCGAUGUCCGACUCAAUGCCGCGGACUGUACCCUGGAUUUCAACUUGGACCCCGAUGGGCUUGGCGGGUCCGGGCUGUGGAAGGGCGGCUUCGCCUACUGCUGGUCGGGCAUACGAGCGAACGUGGGGUUGCGUCUGGGGAGCGGCGGCGGCGGCAAGUACUGCUUCAGCUGCACCGUGACAGAGGUGCAGGACGUCUCGUCGUCCGACAUGUCAGUGGAUCAGCAGCACGUGUGCAGAAUGGGGUUCUCCCUGGGAAAGGUGGAUGUGGGAUCCUUGGGUCUAGUGCCUCACAGCUAUGGGUUCGGUGGCACGGGCAAAGCUGUGACCGAGGAGAGGUACACUCCCUACGGCGAGAUGUACGGUCUCGGGGACACCGUGACUUGUUGCGUGGAUCUGGACUCCGUGCCGAAGGCCAAGGUCUCGUUCAUGAAGAACGGCCGGUGGCUGGGAACCGCUUUCGAGGUCGAUCGGCAGAAGGUGCUGAUGGAGUGCGACAACGAGGCUUCGUCGGCGGGACCCGGGGCGGCAAUCAUUCCAAGUCUGACGUGGCGGACGGCGCUGUAUCCGCACCUCUUACUGAAAAACGUGGCCGUCAGGCUGCAUUUCUCUCUCAAGGAUGGCUUGAAGCCGCCUCAAGGCUACCGAGCGUGGAACGAGGCGGCGUACGCUGGCAGCCAUGCUCUUCCUGGACCGGGCUUCUCUCCCUGGGAAGAUUGCGAGGUGAUGAUGAUGAUAGGCCUGCCGGGCUGUGGGAAGACGGUUUGGGCGGAGCAGUGGCGGCGCGAGCACCCCGACAAGCGAUACGUUGUGCUUGGAACAGAUCUUGCGCUGGAGCAGAUGAAGGUCAUGGGGUUGCUGCGGAGGCGGAACUUCGCGCAGCGGUUUGACCUGAUGAUGCCGCGCGCCACCGAGAUAUUUAAUUCGCUCCUGGAACGUGCUUCCAAGAUACCGCGCAAUUACAUAUUGGAUCAGAGUAAUGUGUACGAAAGCGCAAGAGGGCGGAAGCUGAAGGGGUUUCAGAGAUUCCGCAAGCUGGCGAUAGUCAUGGUGCCGACUGAUCAGGAGUUCGAGCGCCGGCUGAAGAAGCGACUAGACGACUUCUCUAAGUCUUUGCCUGAAGACGCGCUGAACGAGAUGAAGGUGAAUUUCAAGCUGCCGUGGCCGAAGAGUAGCUCAAGGAAAGGAAUGAAGGACGCGGAAUUCGACGAAGUGAUAUUUACAGAUCUGGACCGAGAUCCGGCGCAGGAGAUGCUGCCUCGUGGAACGAAGCAGAUAGGAGGAGGAGACGGAGGAAGAGGGUGUGUGUGUAGGAGCGGGAGGUCUGGGGUUGUGUUGUUCUUUUUGUGGUUGUUGGUUUCAUCGGCUCGCACGUGUUCCUCUUUCGGACCUCUGGAGGCGAAGCAGAUAGGCUAUCAGGAUAUUAGUCCGAGACAAAAAUAAGGUGUUUCGUUUCUCGUCCGUCGACGCAGAUGGUCCCAUAGGCGGCAUUGCUCUCGUCCGCUGUCAUCGCCAUCGUCAUCGUCAUCGCCGUCGCCGUCGCCGUCGCCAUCGCCAUCGCCAUCGCAGGUCGUGUGUGUGAAUGAAUGAGUAGUGAACUGGGGGUAGGCAUAUUGCUCUCAUCCGAGGUUUUGUUUCUGGGGGUAAUCACUGUUUUUCUCCGCCUUUUCUUUCUCUUUCUGUUGCUGUGCUUGUUCUGUCGGGCUCGGGGUGUGCCUCGAUCGUAAGAGGAAGGCGAAGAGGAGGACAGAUAGGAGCAGGGAGAGAAGGGGUGUGCAAAGAGGUCAAAAAGGGGUGUAGAAAAGGGAGGGGAGUCAUCGUGAGAAGCAACUGUAGAAAAAGAUGAGUUGCCAUUGUGCUGUAGGAGGUGGCAGAGCACUGCUUUCCCUUCUUUCGACGGCCUUAACCGUCUUCACUUGAACACAACGCACCCUCAUUAUGGCUGUACCUGACCGGAAAGAUAGUUUGUAUACGUUCGUUAACAGGGUGCUUUAUGUUCGGGGGAACAUGGUGGUCGUCGUCUCCUGAGCGAUGUCAUCAUUUUGCUCGGGAGAAUUUUUAGCCGGCAAGACGAGAGACUGAUGGAAAAACUUUGUGUCCUGAUUCGUUCGGAGGCAGCAUUAGGGUUAUUGGUAGGAGAGCGAGAGGAGGAGGGCGGCGGGGUAAGCAAGAAGGGAGAGAAAGAAGACGGGGUGGAGGGAGGAAGUUUAGCGCUUCGCGCACUACGAAAAAGCGCGGUGCUAAUCUACGGUGACAAUGAUUGGGAAAAAAGGGCGGGAAUUCGAUGCUGUUGCUGAUGAUGAGGAUCUCAUUCUUCUCAUGAUAAAGAGAAUGGCAAUGAUUGCGAAAAAAAGGCGGGAAUCGUGCGCGCACUCCGGAAGCGUUAAUCUACGGUGACAAUGAUUGGGAAAAAAAGGGUGGGAAUUCGAUGCUGUUGCUGAUGAUGAGGAUCUCAUACUUCUCAUGAUAAAGAGAAUGGCAAAAAUUGUUAAAAAAAGGCGGGAAUCGUGCUUAUGAGCUGGCGAUGAUGAUGUGGUUCGUUCACGAGGAAGAGGAGGAGAAGGAUGAGUUCGUUGAGAGUCCCCACGUGGCGCGAACGUCGCCCGUGAGCUUAAGGUGUUUGACAAGGCGCGCCGACUGCCACCGCUACCUCGACUCAGGACAACGGCAAACUGAAAAGGUGCGGUUUCAAGGGAAGUGAGCUUUGCAUGGAGGAGAGAGGCAGUUCCUGGGCAGUUUGAUCUUCAAGUGGCAGAUGUCGAAAUCGAGUACCUCACGUCCGGUCAUCAUCUCAUCAAGAACACAAAGGUACGAGGAGGAGGAGAGGAGAACACUGGUGCAUGUAAGUUGCAUUUGGAGUGAUGGGAGUUUCUUUCGGAUCGAGCAUGCACAUGAUGGGGUGAUGGACGGGCGGUGAUGUUAUGCUUGUGAAAACCGUACGUGUGAACGCGAAUACGAUCUUUGACGGAAACUGUUGGCAUGGAAUGUGGAGGAGGAUGAGAUGUUGCCCAGGCGCUGGUUGCGCAUGCAGCAAAAUGGAGCUUGAAGACUUGUGCCCGUUAGAUCUGUUGUGCAUUUGAGUAUUGGGAGUUGCCCUGGAUCGAGGGGCAGGAUCGAGGGGCAGUCAAGGCAUCCUUGUGAAACCUGUCCUUGUGAACAUGAAAAGUAUGUGUGAGUCAUAUCCCCCAAAAUAACGCCGGGUAUGGACCACGCCACGCUUCCUCUCUGGAGGAUCACGAGGAUCCACCGUGAGAACUGCCUGAGAGGAGAGGAAUGUGCUGUAGGAUGUGCAACUUGUGAUGCUGGUGAGGUAACUUCUGGGUAUCCGAUCGUCCGAUGCCUCGACCUUUUCUGCUUCGCCCUGUCGUGAUCGUGAAGCUCCAGGUGAGUGGAAUUUUGCAGCGGCUGUCAGCGACUGACCUGUGGUAACCGUCAACGAUCCCUGCGGCAGAAGUGCGAUGCCCGCCUUUUGCAACUUUGCAAUUCCAUUAAUGGAUUUGCAGAGCCGUUGCUUUCGUGGAGAAGUGCUGACCUGAUGGAUAGCUGAUUCGUGGUUUUUCCUCUUCUCGCAUAGCCUCAGGCACGGAGAGGAAGAAGAGAAAUGCUCAUGAGCUGGAUGACAGAUGUGGAAUCCUGGGCCGAUGGAAGUCAUGGCAGAUGAGCGGAGUCUGGCGACAGGCAGCGAUUAGAGUGGGCCGGGGUACUUGAUGGUUGUCUGGGCGCAAGAGUAUAGACAGGAUGCGAUUCUGUGCGACGGGACAUGAUCUGGUCCCACACGUGGUGUCUGUGUAUGAUGUCUCAGGGAACGUUUGCUGUGUAGGCGGUUUGGCAUACAGGAAUGCGGUGAGCAUUGUUCAUGUGCCCAUGGGAUGAAGAGAGAGGAAGAGGCUUCCUCACCCUACGCUACCGGAUGCAUGCUUGUCCAGGCUGUGUUUGGAUAGCUGUGGCAGAUUGUGGAGAUGGUGACGGUGACCUUCCUGGCCGGGCAGGCCCUUCUGCAGGCCUUUCUGUUGGAGAUUGUGGAGAAUGCUCCUUUCGUCAUGCAAUGAUAUUAUGGCGAGAGGGAAGGGCUGAAGUGGCAGGUUUGGCGGUUGGUUCUGGGACCUUCCUGGCCGGGUGGGCGCUUCUGUAGGACCGAUGAAAGGGGUUGUUGAUGGAGGAGGGUGUCAACGUGUCCUCGUCGUGAGAAAAAGAGUGUACAGAGCACCUGAGCUGGCUUGAGAGGUACUAUCUCAGCUGGUUGUUAGUAGCUGCUGAUUAGCGAAUCGAAAAGUUCACGGACAGUCUGCGAGGAAUGUGAAUGAUUUAUCUGGAUGGGGUUGGUUUUGUGCAGAGAAGGAAGGAUUAAAGGCGGUGUGUGAGGACAUGGCAUAUGGUGGAUUUUUCUUGGUCUCUUUGUCUGAUGUCGCCGUCCUCUCUCUUUCCCCUCUUUCCUCUCUCUCUCUCUCUGUCAUCGCCCUGAGGUCUGGAUGGGAUUAUCGGUAUGACAAUGUGCCUUCCGGAGACAAGGACAUCGGAACAGCAAGCAGCCAGAGUAGUUGUGAUAGAAAAGAAUGAGCCCGUUCGUCUGGGUUACAAAUUACGGCGGCCAACCAUCCUCCCCCCCCCCCUCUCAACGAGCUGGAGAGAGUGGGACAAAUCGUUGGACGGGGGGGCCUCCCCGGAGAGAGCAUGUUUGCUGAUGGUGUACUUUUGACUCACUGUGUACGUGUGUACUUCUGGACAUGUGGUGUCGUGAAGAUAGGUAGGCUUAGUAGCUGGUGUUCCAGCAGCCCAAAGGUGCUUGGCAUCUGCAGUAUCGCGCUCGUUAACAAACAAACAAACAAAACAAACACACUUGCGGCAGUGUGAUGAUAGGCAAACGCACGUCUUCGUUCCCAUCAACGUUGGUGGAGUGCGUAGAUCUGUUCAUGGUAUAUGUUUUUUUUUUCUUCUUCUUCUUCGUCAUCGUCUUCUUUUUCUUUUUUUUUGGUUUUUCUUCUUCAAAUUGAGUGCAGGUGUGAACAGAGAUCUGUUUUAUUGGGUCCCCGGUACCCCACAAGCCCAAUGCUGUUGUUGGGAAUCUGGUUCCAUUCUUGUUGAAUGGGAACCGUGGUAAUGAAAUGUCGAUGCAUCUGCCUGAAGAGCAUACAGAGGAAGAGAGGCUGAGCGACCGAGCUAAUCUUCUUGUGACGAAGAUGGUACAAAUACUGCAAAAGGCAUAAGCGCGGGAGCCGACAGUAGUGCCUGUGAAUGUGAUGUGGAGGGCACGAACGAAAGACCCCAGCUGGAAAGGAGUGGGCAGUAUGUGUGUGUCCUAGUGGAUCUUGUGGUGGUUGAUGUGCUGAGUGUCAUGUGUCCUUGCGCGGAUGUUUGGCAAUGUUGAUGCACUCAUGCUGAGUGUGACGUGUGCUCGAAGUCGGUUUAUUCGAGUCGAGGAUGUUUGGUGAUGUUGAUGCGUGCUGACUCAAGAACAACACAUUGGGAAAUGGUUACGUGCUGUGGCAGUCGAUGUAUGCAUGGUGUAGUGAAACGCUAAUGUUAACUCCUCUCUUUCCACAUCAAGAAUAGGAGGGAAGUGGCUGAUGAACGGAGGAAGAAUAAGGCCGACGACGACUCUGGGCUACGAAAGCAUCUACUUUUUCCUAACCCAGUCCGAGGCAACAGUCUCCCACUGGAACCGUUGCCGAGACUGUUGCCGUAUGGUGAUGCAUUGGGAGGUGUGUGUGUGGGGGGGGGGGGGGGGGGCGAAGGCGAUGGUCGAGGAUGAUGAGUCUGAUAAGUUCUACAUCUGUGCAACAAAUCACUCGUUUGGGC